CCAAAUUGUUUAGAAAAACAUUAUAUCCAAAAUCACAAAACAAAAAACAAAUGAGACCUUCAGCUUCAACUCCACCUCCAAGAAACUCCACCGGCGCCGCCGCCGCCACCGCCGCCAUCGACACCGGAUUUGGAAACUGGCACUCUCCCAUCCCAUAUCUCUUCACAGGCUUAGCCAUCGUUUUGGGUCUCAUUGCCAUUGCAUUGCUCGUCCUCUCUUGCUCCUACUUGCAUUCCCCUUCCGAUUCUCACUCCCCCGCCGCCGCCGCCUCUCCUGCCCCCGACGAACAAGAAAAGCUGCCCAACGGUGCCCGGGACUCGGAGCCGACCAUUCUCGUUAUUAUGGCCGGAGACGAUAAUCCUACCUUCUUCGCCAAACAAACAACUCUUUGACUGUAAAAAAUCUCCCUUUUUUUUUUUGUAUAGUUUUUUUUUUUCAUGUGAUCUAACUGAUUUCUUCAUCAUUUUUCCAAUUUUGAUGGUAAAUUUAAUGAAUUUCGUUAACGUUCCUCAAAUUUUAAAUCGAUCGAAUGAACCCGUAACAUACUUUUAAUUAUUUCAAGGUUU